GCUUCAAAUUAAUUAAUUGGUGUAUUUUUGUAAAUAAUGUUUUUAAACGGUUCAAAUCUAUUUAUAAUGGCAAUGAUGUUGGCUAUUAAUAUCAAUAUUGUUUUAGCAAAUGAUGAUGAUAAUAUUUGUAAAUCAAUGCGUAAUAAUAUUGGAGCGUUUAAUAUAUUCAAUGUUGGUUUGACCAAAACGAAAAUCAUAUUGGUAACUCGUGAUUUUUAUGUAUUUGAAAUGAAUAGAACUGCAUUCAAUUCAAAUAAAAAGAAAUUGUAUUUCACUGAUCUACCAAUACCGAUUGCAAAAAAAUAUCCUAAUCUAUAUCAUAAUACUUCAUUUCAAGAAAUGAAAAAUCAAAUUAUCGAUAUACGAAUAUUCACUGGUGAUGAUGGUGAAUGGUUAUGUUUUAUACCGUUAACGGAUUAUGGAAUUGGUUAUAAUCUUGCAACAACUGAAACAACAAUUUUAACCUGGUUUGUUAAAACAAAUGUUGCAAAUGAAAGAUCAUUAGGAACAGAUGAAGUAUAUUACAAUUAUGUGUUUCGUUAUCAAAAUGUAACAAAUCAAUCAAGGGGCUUACAGUUAAACAAAGAUGUAAUUAGCGAUGGUAGAGUGGAAUUUGCAAAAAAGGUGAAUCUAAUCUAUGAUUGGUCAAGUUUGUGUUUAAAUUUAAAUAAUGAAAUAUAUUUUGGUACAUAUUGGUGUGAAAACAAAUCGGUCGAUUGGAAUAUUACAGGAGGUUUUACUAUUGAUAAUUAUUUCUAUUUACUUGGAAAAGAUUUUGUCUAUUCAUUUGAGAAAGGGGCAUUUUUGGAUAGAAAAAAAUCAUUCAAAUUUGAAAAACAAGAAUAUCGAUCAUUUAUUUAUUGUAAAGGUGAUAUUGUCUCCAAGUCAUAUAGCAAAAUUAUUUGGAUUAUAUUAUUACUUAUUUUAUUGUUGCUAAUAAUACUAUGUAUUUUACUUUUUGUCAAAAUUCGUCGAAGACGUUAUAUUCGAAAAUCACAACCACCAUCCAAAAAGGUAGAGGAAAAAUUACAGCCAAUCAAAACGAUGAAUGAAAAGAAUCAAAUGAAAGAAACAAGUCAAAAGAUUGCAUUGAUUCAAAAAAUUGAUGAAAAAAGUCAAAAGAUUCAAUUGAUUCAAAAAAUUGAUGAAAGAUCAUUGAGAAAAGAUAAAAGUAAAUUAUUUUCCGAAAUACCACCAUCAAUAAUAUCAAAAUUAUCAAGAUCGGAUUAUGCUGGUGGAUCAAGUACAGUAUCUGAAUCAAUCAAUCCUAGAUCAAAUAUUCAGAAACUUUCUACAAUAGAACCUUCUGCAAUAUCAUGUCCGUCUGUAUUUCCGUCUACCGCCGCUGAAAGUAAUAGGUUUGUGUAG